AUGUCUUCAAGUUACUACUAUCCACCUCCACCCUCAGACGGAAACGACGGAGCAAAAGCUGCAGCCAUGUCUUCCUCGCUCGACUCGGACGAAGUAAGAUCUGUAGCUAUUGUUUUGAGCUUAGUUAUAUUUUUAGUGAUUGGGGCAAUCUCUUGCUACUGCGGUAAGAAAAUGAGGAAGGCAAUAAUAUCAGAACUAAGAGCUGCAGUUGCUCCCCCAACACAGCCACCAUUAAAUGUAAUCCAAGUUUGGGAGGUUGAUGCCCCAACAAUGGAGAGAUUUCUUCGAGACCUAGCACAGGAGAAACCGGUGAGGUUCACUGCACAACAGCUCUGUUCUUUUACAAUUGGUAGAAGGAAAAAUACGAUAGUUGGAAGUACAGAUAGUCUCGAUUGGUUUCCCAAAAAGGUUUGGGAGGAAUACGAGAAAGGGGAGCUCACAGCACUAACAGAAGCAUAUGGAAUCAAGGAGAAAGAUCAAGCCAUGGCCGAGAAAAUGUUUAUGGUAGCCCUGUGGUGUGUUCAAGAUUCACCAGAGGCUAGGCCACCUAUGAGUGCUGUAGUGAAAAUGCUGGAGGGAGGGGUCGAAAUUAUGCCACCGCCUAAACCAUUCCAUUAUUUGUUUUCAGUCGGGGUGCAUGUGCUACCAAACAAUAGCGGGAGUGAUUCAACAUAUUCAACAAGUGAAACGAAUUCUAAUUGGUACAAGGAAACGACUCCAAUAAUUAAAAAGUAUGAGAUACAAAUGGCGAGUGCGUGA